AAUAUCUCACAAGGCCAGUUCGUUAGUGGGCCAGUGACAGCUAUAAUGGUGGAUGUUUGUUAAAGCUUUAAAAAGAAAUUUAAGCCCAUAUUUCAACAUAAAAUGUCUAAUUUCCAUAAAGUCGAAGUAAAUAAAACUGUAUGGGAGGUGCCGAGUAGAUACCAAUCGCUCACUACAGUGGGAUCAGGUGCAUACGGCCAAGUUUGUUCAGCACAAGAUACACUAACAAAUAAAAAAAUAGCAAUAAAGAAAUUAGCCCGUCCUUUUCAAACAGCUGUUCAUGCCAAGAGAACUUACAGAGAGUUAAAGCUGCUAAAACAUAUGAGACAUGAAAAUGUGAUAGGACUCUUAAAUGUAUUUUACCCCAAAGAGGACAACAGCCAGAUAUAUUUAGUUACUCAUUUAAUGGGAGCUGAUUUAAAUAAUAUAAUCAGAACACAAAAAUUAACAGACGACCAUGUGCAAUUUUUAGUUUAUCAGAUACUGCGAGGUUUGAAGUACAUACAUUCUGCAGGCGUAAUACAUCGAGACUUAAAACCAUCGAAUAUAGCUGUAAAUGAAGACUGUGAAUUAAAGAUUUUGGAUUUUGGUCUAGCUAGGCCUACUGAAACUGAAAUGACAGGAUAUGUGGCAACUAGGUGGUAUAGAGCCCCAGAAAUUAUGCUUAACUGGAUGCACUAUAACCAGACUGUAGAUAUUUGGUCAGUGGGAUGUAUUAUGGCAGAAUUAUUAACGGGGAAAACUUUGUUUCCUGGUACAGAUCACAUUCAUCAACUCAAUUUAAUAAUGGAAGUUCUAGGUACACCACCUGAGGACUUCAUGCAGAAAAUUACAUCUGAAAGUGCUAGAAAUUAUAUGCGUUCUUUACCUCCUAUGCCUAAAAAAGACUUACAAAGAUAUAUAUCCGGUGCUAACCCUUUAGCUAUAGAUUUACUGGGACUAAUGUUGGAGCUUGACAGUGAGAAACGGAUAACUGCAGAACAGGCUUUAGCACACGCUUAUCUUACAGCUUAUGCAGACCCCAAUGACGAGCCUAUUUCAGCCCCUUAUGAUCAAAGUAUUGAAGAUAUGAAUUUGCCAGUUGAGAAAUGGAGAGAGUUGGUACUUCAAGAGGUGGAUUCAUUUGUUUACAUCCCUCCACAGAAUGAUGAAUGAAAAGUUGAAAACAGGGUAAGUUUGAACGACUCAGCAGCUGACUAUAAUACUCUGGGCUAAUUAGCAAAAUACAAGGAAAAGUUAUUUACCAGCAAUUUUAUUGCUGGAAUCGAAUCUUAUGAUUGUAUAUAUUAAUAAUAUAGGUAUGCAAAGUCCGCAAAUAGUGUGCUACUUUUUUUAUAAACAAAAUGGCGCCUGAAAAUCGUGUUUUUUUCAAUUUUUGCUCUAUAACUCCAAAGAUUUUAACUUUACACCAAAAACACCCAAAUAAAAAUUCACUGUAAUUAAAUUCUGCAUAGAGUCGUGUUUUUCCCGAUUUACUUCGAUCAAAAUUUUCCCGGGAAAAUGCGGGUUUUUCCAACAAAAUCUUUAAUUUUCAACUAAAAUUUUAGAUAAGUAAUUGUUUAUCAAUAAUUAAAUAACUUCGUAAUAUAAAAGCUCCUUCUGUAUAGAUUAUAAUUCCAGAAGCCUAUGGAAAUUGAAUGAACAGUUUAGCAACAAUGGAAUUGUUAAUUAAAAAUUUACGGUCGCUAUAAUAACCACAAUAAUUAUGAUACAUAAGAAUAAUUAUGAUUUUUGUAUAAAAAGACACUGUACCUAUCUAAUGUACUUUACAGAAUUGAAAUUGGACUAUUUAAGCAGCCUCAGGAAUAUUUUAAAAUUAUAAACAAUUUUUUGGCUUAUAAACAAAUAGAAUAUCUCGGGAAAUAUUAAAUUAAAUUAAAUCAUGAAAACUAUAUUAGAUAAAAAGCGGCAGGACACUUCUUUUAAAAGAAAAAACUUUUAAUUAUGAUGAGUGGUUCCUGAGAUACAACCGGUCAAAGUUGACCGGCAUUUACUGCAAAGCUGUAAACAAUAGGAUCAUAAUUUUUAAACCAUCACCUUUUUAUUUUUGUCCUCUUUCUCUGCACCAAUUUUCAUACCUUUAAAAUAGUCAUAACUAUAUUAUUAUAAUAAAAACUAUCGAUAUUACGAGAGAAAAUUUCCAAAAUAGCAAAAUUCCAAUCAAAAAUUAGGUUGAAGAAAAUGUAAUCUCAAAGUUCAAAAUCGGCAUACGUUAAAAAAUGCAUUUUCUCGGCUUCCCAUGGAGCAAUUUUCUUAAUUUUUUUUUGUUCCCAAGUAACUCGAGUAGAGCCAUCUAACUAAUGCAUUAUUAAAUGUCAAAGUUGCUUUUGUUUUGUUGUAAUAGAUUAAUUUAUUUAUAAGAAAAGAAAACUACAUAUUUUUUCGGGUUGUAGACUUUUUUUAGAUAAACUUACUACAAGUGUACCUAUUUACAUUAAAAACGCAAAUAUUCUCAUUUGAAAGCUGUAUCAUUAUUUAAACAAUAUUUAUUUAAACAAAUUAAAAAUUUUGUUAUAAUAAAUAAAUUAAUUUAUUAUAACAAACAAAAGCAAAUUUGACAUUUAAUAAUGCGUUAGUUAGGUGGCUCUACUCGAGUUACUUGGGAACAAAAAAAGAAUGAAGAAAAUUGCUCUAUGGGAAGCCGAGAAAAUGCAUUUUUUUAACAUAUCCGAUUUUGAACUUGAGAUUACAUUUUCUCCAAACUAAUUUUUGAUUGGAAUUUUGCUAUUUUUGGCAAUUUUCACACGUAAUAUCGAUAGUUUUUAUUAUAAUAAUAUAUGUUAUGACUGUUUGAAAGAAAAGUAUUACGUAGGAUACUGGGCCCAAUAAGUGAAAAUAACAACUGGCGAAUUAGGUAUAAUAGAGAAAUAUACGAGCAAUAUAGCGAACCAACUCUAGCACAACUCACUAAACUGCAGAGAUUACGGUGGGCAGGGCACGUGGUCUGCAUGCAUGAGAAUAGAAUCCCCAGAAAAUUGCUGAAUGCAAGAAUGCAGGGAAGAAGACCUGUUGGAAGACCUAAAAAGAGAUGGGAAGACGAAGUCGAUGAGGAUGCCAGGAACUUCCUGGGAAUGCGUUCAUGGAAAAGAACAGCGGUAAAUUGAAAUGAUUGAUGAAGCUUAUUGAAGGAGGCCAAGGCUCGAUUUGGGCUGUAGUGCCAUUGGAUGGAUGGAUAUGUUAUGACUAUUUUAAAGAUAUGAAAAUUAAUGUGGCGAAAGAGGACAAAAAUAGAAAGGUGAUGGUUCAAAAAUUAUGAUCCUAUUGUUUAUAUCUUUGCCGUAAAUGCCGGUCAACUUUGACUGGUUGUAUCUCAGGAACCACUCAUCACAAUUAAAAGUUUUUUAUUUUAAAAGAAGCGUCCUGCCGCUUUUUUUCCAAUACCGUUUUCAUGAUUUAAUUUAAUUUAAUAUUUCCCGAGAUAUACUAUUUGUUUAUAAGCCAAAAAAUUGUUUAUAAUUUUAAAAUAUCCUUGAGGCCGCUUAAACAGUCCCAUUUCAAUUCUGUAAAGUACAUUAUAUAGGUACAGUGUCUUUUUAUACAAAAAUCAAAAUUAUUCUUAUGUGUCAUAAUUAGUGUGACCAACUACCCCGAAAAAUCCGGGACAUGGCCCGAAUUACGAAGUUGUGUCCCGGCGUCCCGGAGAAGGCUUCUGGGCCAUCCGAAUUUUCAACUUUUUGGUAAAAAUCUAUAUUUUCGUUUUUAUUCUAAGAAUUUACAUCAAAUUAAAUUGUUCGAGACGAAAAAAAAAAUUUAGCUUGGUAUAAAUUUUAAUAGUUCUAUGAAAGAAAACGAAAACUGUGGAAUUUUUUUUAUUUGUGUCUUUUAGUUAUCGUCUUCCGAAAAGACCAUUCAAAAACAAUAAUAAUUCAUGUCACAAUUAAUCAUGCCUAGGCACGCAUGCCGCAUCGAACGAUGUAAUGAAAUUAUUGCUGAUGCAUCUUUUUUUUUCGGUUUUGUCAACCACUUUAAGUAGAUAAACCUCUUGGGUUCGUUCGCGAAAUAUGCUUGAUUUCCAAACCGUUGCAUGCUUUGAGCCAAAUUCAAAUCUGCUGCGUUGCAAUAUGAUUUUUUUUAUCUAAACAUUUAUUUUAUUGUCAGUACAGUAAUCAGUUUGAAUCCGAAAAUCGAUUAGUGACCAUCUCGGAAUUAUUGUUUUUGACCUGACUUUUUCAUUCCAAUAUAUUAUUAUUGUUAAUAUGAAUAUGGAACCAACACAAGAAAGUAAAAACAGAAAAACACUUUCAAUAAAAUAUUGGAAGAAGAAUUUCUAUUUUUGAAAAAAAAAAGUAAUUCUAACAGUGACAUGAAGUGUGAUACUUGUGGAUCAAAAUUUUCGAUCGCCCACAGUGGUAGAGCGGAUAUACUAAGUCACAUCAAAAGUGAAAAACACCGAAGAGGUAUCUGCUCCGCGUCCAGCAGCAAAAAAUUGACUUAAUUUUUCAAGCCAACAGCUUCAUCGAGCAUUGAUUUAGAGACAGCAGCUCGGGAAGGUGUUUGGGCGUAUCAUUUGAUUAGGCCCAUCAAAAAUAUCAUUGUCAACAUAAAAAUGUUAAAUAACCAAUAAAAUGAUGAUAUUAGAGUCCUAUAUUUAAAAAAAUAACAAAUGGCCCGAUUUUCAUUCAAAAGUCCCGGAUUUUAGGUAUUUUUUUCAGCAUUGUCCCGGAUUCGACUGAAUUGGAGUUGGUCACACUAGUCAUAAUUAUUGUGGUUAUUAUAGUGACCGUAAAUUUUUAAUUAACAAUUCAAUUGUUGCUAAACUGUUCAUUCAAUUUCCAUCGGCUUCUGGAAUUAUAAUCUAUACGAAAAGAGUUUUUAUAUUACCAAGUUAUUUAAUUAUUGAUAAACAAUUACUUAUCUAAAAUUUUAGUUGAAAAUUAAAGAUUUUGUUGGAAAAGCCCGCAUUUUCCGGGGAAAAGUUUCGUAGAAGUAAAUCAGGAAAAACACGUCUCUAUGCAAAAUUUAAUUACAGUGAAUUUUUAUUUGGGUGUUUUUGGUGUAAAGUUAAAAUCUUAGGAGUUAUAGAGCAAAAAUUGAAAAAAACACGAUUUUCGGGCUCCAUUUUGUUUAUAAAAAAGUAGCACACUAUCUGCGGACUUUGCAUACCUAUAUUACUAAUACAUACAGUUAUAAGAUUCGAUUCCAGCAAUGGAAUUGCUGGUAAAUAACUUUUCCCAAAAAUGGCCUAUUCUCCGAUAAUCUGCCCAGACUAUAAGCACAAAGUGGCUUAGUGUGUGUAUCCAGCGGAAAUAUGGAUCGCUUAGUAAAUCUCACAGUGGCUGACUUCCAUUGAGUCGUGUGAAUGCUACCGCUUCCUCAGCUGUCCAGCUGCUGAGAUCGUCCAAAUGUACCCUAAGUUAGAGAGUGUUCAAAUGCAGUAUAUUGUAUAAAUAUAUUUACAUUAAUUUUUAAUUAUAUUUGAUUUAAUAAUUGGAUUUAGUAUAGAAAUAGUUAUUAAAUACAUUUUUUAUUUAUAAAUGAAACAUAAAAUAUUAAUUUUUUAUUUAAUAUCUGAUUUAAUGUAUUUUUGAAUUCAGUUGAAUAAUCGUUUAUAAUAAAUAAAUUAAUUUACAAGAUGA